UCUACCUCUGCGCUCAUUCUGCAGCAUCCGGAGCUCCAUGUAGCUGCAUCACCUUCACGGCUGUUUCAUCAGCAGUUGCAGGCAUGAUCUUCCCUCUCCUACAGAUCUGAAAACUAAGUGGAUCAUGCUCUUUUCGGAGCGUGGAGUUGUUGAGGAAUGGCUCUCAGAAUUCAAGACAGUACCUGAUGAUUUGAUUCCUGGUUACACAUGCCUUCUGCGCCUGAAGAAAGGCCUGAUACCUGCAAUCUAUGCUGUCAUACAAGAGCAUCCCAGCAGCGAGCUCCUGGCUCCAUUGUGUAACCAGCUGUUUGAACUGUACCGGAGCACAGAGGUGGGCCUGCGCCGCUUCACACUGCAGUUUCUGCCUGAGCUAAUCUGGGUGUAUUUGCGCCAUACCGCCAGCAGGGAGCGCCGGAACGGUUGUAUUGAGGCCCUGCUGCUGGGCAUUUAUAACCUGGAGAUUGUGGACAGUAGGGGGAACAGCAAGCUCUUGUCAUUUACAAUACCUUCUCUUUCCAAGCCUUCCAUAUACCAUGAGCCCUCUAGCCUUGGAUCCAUGGCUCUGACAGAGGGAGCUCUAAGCCAACAUGACCUGAUCAGGGUGGUAUACAGUGGCUUGCUGCCCCAGAGAGAAACAUUUACUUCCCAAAACAGGUUUGAAGUGCUGUCUUUCCUUAUGCUGUGCUACAACUCAGCUGUGGUCUUCAUGCCUGCAUCCUCUCAUCAAUCAGUCUGCAGAAUGAGCUCACGGUUAUGUGUGUGCGGCUGCCCACGACAACAUGAGAAGUUGUGGCAGGAAUCAUGCAACCGUGUGCGACUGGACCCGGAGUUUAUGGUUCAGAUGCUGACUGCAGUUUAUCAUGCCAUCUACAACGGCCAGUGGGAACUAGGGAGAGAAGCUUUGGAGGACAUAUUAUAUAGAGCACAGCUGGAGCUUUAUGCCAGCCCAAUACUGGUAGCAAAUGCUAUCAGACUUUCUUUGCCACCUCGUCCACCAGAGGGUACACGGACUCUUCUGGAGAUUGAGGCAACACCCACAAACAAGCGUGUUUCCCAGACCGCCAUCACUGCUGCCUCUAUUCGCAGACUUCGAUGGAAAAGAGAGGAUGCUGAUGGGGGAAGCUGUGGUGAGGACUCAUUUGAUCCAGAUGAGGGUUUUUCUUCCGGGGCCUCCAGCAGUAGUCAGCCCAGCAGUAUGAAAAGAGAACGGGCCACAAGAACACGUUUAUCCCAAGACCCAGUGGCGUGGGUAAAAGACACAUCAAUUAAGACCAGAGCUGCCCUACGCAAGCUCCAGGAACCCCACCAUUCACCCCCUCCAGCUAUCACUCUUUGCACUGCAGACACUGGCAGCAGCCUCAGCCCCAGCAGUGCCAGGAGUUUCCUGGAUCCGCAUUACCUUCCACCGUUUGCUGGACCACCAGCCAGAACUGCUAGCACAUCCUCCAGUAAGUCUCUGGACUGCACCAGUCUGACUGGCUCAUCAGGGCCUACCAAUUGCCCAUUUUUCAAAAGUCUGAGUGCAAAUAAAGCUCACUGUUUGUCAGCUAUGAGCUUUCAGGAGGAGCAACUAGCCUUGAGGAGUCAGGAUCUUUCCUCACCUCAAAGUCCAUUUUCCUCUGCAAGCCCAUUGUCCAAACAGUCCCGCUCAUCCAGUUUUAAUAUGCAGAUUAUAUCACAGGUAUAA